AAAUGAUAUAUAUCUCAACCACUCACUAGUGAAUUGACAUCAAUUUCCUGGUAGUCCUUAUCCAACUCCUACACCUUGAUUCUCCUUCCACAGGUUUGAGUUCCAGGAAACCUAUACAAAAGAGAACAGAGGAAGUAGAGGUCCUCAAAGAUCAACUCAACAUUUUCCAUUAUUUCAGGGCAUACUUUAACAUUCCCAUUUCUCAAUUACUAAGAGAGAAUAAGAAAUAACAGAGGUGCGUGUGCUCUGUCACUGUAUGUUAGUGAAUUGCAUUAGAAGGCUAAGCAUCCCAGAAACACACUAAGCCCCAGCUUCUACUCUUUUCUACCAAUCAUCCCAAAAACCAGGCUUCCAUGAACCUUGCAGGGAACUCACAAUCAGCAAUGGAAACUCUCUCUUCUUUCCUUCUCACUCAUGGCCUCUUACAUGGCCAGCAACCUAUGUUAACUACUUUGAUUAUCCCUCUCCUCUCCACUCUAGUCCUCUUACUCCUCUAUCUCUGCCGCAACAAGCAGUAAGGCAGCGAAAAGAAGGGACCACCCUUUCCUUUGGAGCUCCCCAUCAUCGGUAGCCUCCACCAACUAGGUUCCCUGCCGCAUCGCUCUCUAGCCCAUCUUGCCAAGAUCUAUGGACCGCUCAUGCACCUUAAAUUGGGCCGAGUCCCCACUCUGGUAGUCUCCUCUCCUAAGAUGGCCGAGCUCGUCAUGAAGACUUAUGACCACGCCUUUUGUAGCAGGUCCAUCCUUGUGGCCACCAACUACCUCACCUACGGCAGCACAAAUGUUGCCUUUGCACCAUAUGGAUCAUAUUGGCGCCACGUAAGGAAGAUUUGCAUCCUGGAGCUCCUCAGCUCGAAGAGGGUCCAGUCGUUCAGGUUUGUGCGAAAAGAGGAAGUGGGGCGCCUCGUCGACUCGAUCUUUGUAUCCUCCAAAGCUAAAGCUCCUGUCAAUUUGACAGAGGCGUUUCUUUCUCUCAGUAACAAUGUGGUCUGCAGAGUAGCACUUGGGAAGAGUUAUUGGGAGGAGGAGCCGGAGUUGAGGGAGAUAUUUGAGUCUUCCAAGUCGUUGAUUGGUGGCUUCUUUGUGGGCGACUUCUUUCCAUCAUUGGAGUGGGUGAAAUAUUUGACAGGGUUUCAAAGGAGGUUGGAGAAAAGCUUCAGGCAUAGGGAUUCAUUCCUUGAGAAAGUAAUCGCUGAGCACCUUCUUCCUACUCAUGGGAAGGAGGACGAGGAGGAAGAGGAGGAGAAGGACUUGGUGGAUGUACUGCUGCAGCUCCAGAAAGAGGGCACCCUGAUUUCACCCUCUCUACCGAUAACAUCAAAAGUGUUGUUAUGGAUAUGUUUGCAGCUGGGACAGAUACCACUGCAACAACACUAGUAUGGGGAAUGUCUGUGCUGAUGAAGAACCAAUUGGCAAUGAAAAAAGCCAAAGACGAAUUACGCAGCAUAGCUAAAAGCAGUAACACAAACAUGAUUGAAGAGAGACUUACACCAGCUCCAUUACCUGAAAGCAGUGGUGAAGGAGAUCUUGCGAUUGCACCCUCCAACUCCAUUAUUGGUUCCUCAUGAAUCGGUAGAGGAUUGCGACAUAAAAGCCUACUUUAUCCCUUCAAAGACCAGAGUUUUGGUGAAUGCUUGGGCAAUUGGGAGGCACCCAGACUAUUGAGUAGACCCACAAGUGUUUAGACCCGAAAGGUUUAUAGGUAGUGAUAUUGAUUUCAAGGGCCAAGAUUUUGCGCUGAUACCAUUUGGGGCCGGCCGAAGGGGGGGCCCUGGAAUUUCCUUUGCUGCAAGUGUUAUCGAGCUUGCAUUGGCCAAUCUCUUGCUUUGUUUUGAUUGGGCAUUGCCUAAUGGAAUGAAUCUUAAGGAUCUAGACAUGACAGAAGAUUCAGGGCUCACAGUGCUCAAGAAAACCCCUUUGCUACUAGUGGCAAGCACUUCAUGUUAACAGUGUGGCGAUUUUUAACAUUUUCUGUGUUCUUUUCCAAUUCUUUAGUAAUGCUAAUUUUCAUUUUGGUUU